AUGCUUUUAAAUGAAUUUUCUUUUUUAAUUCUUUCUUCCUUUCUUUCCUUUCUUCACUUUCUUCAUCUUAUUCUUUCCGUUAAUUCCUUUUUCUUACUUCCUUUUUUUCUUUCUUUUAUUUUAUUUAUGUUUUAUUUUCUUCCUGGUUCGUUUCAGUUGAAUUUAUUUGUUUUCUCUCUUUUUUCUAUUAAUUUAGGUAUUUUCUUUCUUUCUUUUUUGUUUGUUGGUUUCUUUCUUUCUUUACUUUUCAUUCAACCUCUCUCCUAUCACAUUACUUUAUACUUCUACCUAUCUUUAUUCUUUAUUUCCUAUUCUUUUUUUCAUUUCUGUCUUUUUCUAACAAUUUACCUAUUUUCUUUUCUACGUCUCCUUUUCUUUUAUUUAUUUUCUUUUCUUUCUUUCUUUUCUUUCUUUCUUUCUUUUCUUUCUUUUUUUCUUUCUUUUUUGCCGUUUCUUUUUCUUUUCUUUUUUCUUUUAAAAGUCCUUUUCUUUCUUUUCAAAGUUUUUUUUCUUUUCUUUUUUCUUUUUGUCUUUUCUUUUAAAAGGCCUUUUCUUUCUUACUUGACACUUUUAAAUUUGUUAAUUAUUCUUUCUCUAUUUGUCGAUAGAUUUUUGCUGUCCCUUUUAAAUGAAUUUUCUUUUUCAAUCAUUCUUCCCUUCUUUCCUCUUUUCCCUUUGUUUAUUUUAUUCUUUCCGUUAAGUCAUGAUUUUUAUUCCUUUUUUUAUUUCCAUUUUUUCUUUCUUUUAUUUAAUUUAUGUUUAAUCCUUCGGCUUUUACUUUCUUCAUUUUCUUUCUUUCUUUCUUGGGUUGCUUUAUUUCCCGAUUAUUCUUUCUUUCUUUCUUUUUUCUUUCUUUCUUUUUUUUCUUUCUUUCUUUCUUUCUUUCUUUCUUGGGUUUGCCUUAUUUCCCGAUUAUUCUUUCUUUCUUUCUUUCUUUCUUUCUUUUCUUUCUUUCUUUCUUUUCUUUCUACGGUUGCUUUUAUUUCUUUUCUUUCUUUCUUUUCUUUCCUCAUUUCGUUGUCAUUUCUUUCUUUCUUUUGCUUCCUUCAUUUUUUUUCUUUCUUUCUUUCUUUCUUUCUUUUAUUUGCUUUAUUCAAGUCUUUCUUCCUGGUUUUUUUCUUUAAUUCUUUUUCUUUUUUCUUUUUUUCUUUUCAUUCAUUCAUUCUUUCUUUCUUUCUUUCUUUCUUUCUUUCUUGGGUUUGCCUUAUUUCCCGAUUAUUCUUUCUUUCUUUCUUUCUUUCUUUCUUUCUUUCUUUCUUUCUUUGGCUUUAUUCCAAAUUUUUUUCUUUCUUUCUUUGCUUUCUACUUUGCUUUAUUUCACGAUUAUUUUCUUUCUUUUUUUUCUUUCUUUCUUUCUUUCUUUCUUUCUUUCUUUCUUUCUUUCUUUCUACAGUUGCUUUAUUCCAAGUCUUAUCUUCCUGGUUUUUUUCUUUAAUUCUUUCAAAUCUCUUUUUCUAUUUUUUAAAAUUCAUUCAUUCAUUCAUUCAUUCUUUCUUUCUUUUUUUCUUUCUUUCUUUCUUGGGUUUGCCUAAUUUCCCGAUUAUUCUUUCUUUCUUUCUUUCUUUCUUUCUUUCUUUCUUUCUUGGGUUUGCCAUAUUUCCAGAUUAUUUUUUCUUUCUUUUCUUUCUUUCUUUCUUUCUUUCUUUCUUUCUUUCUUGGGUUUGCCUUAUUUCCAGAUUAUUUUUUCUUUCUUUCUUUCUUUCUUUCUUUCUUUCUACGGUUGCUUUAUUUCACGAUUAUACUUUCUUUCUUUUUUUUUCUUUCUUUUUUCUUUCUUUCUUUCUUUCUUUCUUUCUUUCUUUCUUUCUUUCUUUCUACAGUUGCUUUAUUCCAAGUCUUAUCUUCCUGGUUUUUUUCUUUAAUUCUUUCAAAUCUCUUUUUCUAUUUUUUAAAAUUCAUUCAUUCAUUCAUUCAUUCUUUCUUUCUUUUUUUCUUUCUUUCUUUCUUGGGUUUGCCUUAUUUCCCGAUUAUUCUUUCUUUCUUUCUUUCUUUCUUUCUUUCUUUCUUUCUUAUUUUUAUUAUUUUUAUUUUUUUUCUUUCUUUCUUUCUUUCUUUCUUUCUUUCUUUCUUUCUUUCUUUCUUUGGUUUGCCUUAUUUCCAGAUUAUUUUUUCUUUCUUUCUUUCUUUCUUUCUACGGUUGCUUUAUUUCACGAUUAUACUUUCUUUCUUUUUUUUUCUUUCUUUUUUCUUUCUUUCUUUCUUUCUUUCUUUCUUUCUACGAACCUCGCAGAACUCUCCAUCUUUUACAUGUAUUUGUCUACCUGUUUACAUUCUCUGAUUUUCUUACCCCGAUCAGCUUUUGGCUUUUUUGUCACUCUCACUCUCUUUAUCCCUCUCCCUCUCUCUCUCUCUCUCUCUCUCUCUCACACACACACACACAUACCUUUUCCUUCGCUCCAAAUAGUCUUUUCUCUUUGUCUCCCUACUCUCCUUACUCCCCCUCCUUACUUUUUAAUCGAUAAACAUUCUUCUUUAUCUAUCAAGCGGUUCUUUUGUUUUGUUAACCGUUUUUUUCUCUCUCUCUCUUUUUUUCUCUUUUUCCAAGAACCAUUGUUUUGCGUAUUCUAUUAUUUUGAGAGAACAGGGGAGGUCGUAUUUUUCUCGGAGUUUUUAUACCUUUUUUCUUUGGAAGAAUUUUUCGAUUUUUUGAUUCUAACCAGACUCGAAUUUCUUCAAAUCUGUUUCUUAUUCUUUAUUUCGCCAUUCGUCGACUGA